AUUCCAGCCAAGACACAGUUUCACUGUAACCUCUGCUGUGAAAACACACAAAUUUCUCCGCUCCCACACCCUCCACUCUUUUUGGUGGACUUGAAGUUUUACCCAUCUCCACACACAUAACGUAUUAUAGAUAGUUACAUAACAUAGUCUCCUAUGGUCAGAGUCACACCCACAUUCAUUACUUAAAUUUACUUAAAUUAAAGUUUACUCCAGUUUCAAAAUUACACUAAAGUACUUUUUCAAGUGACAAACUUUCCCUGUUUCAUUUCACCACCGUUGACAUGAGUUUUCCUCAGUUUUGAACAAAAGUGACUUACCUGGGAAAAUUGAGAAUUUUUGAAAAACUUGGUUAUAUUGAAGUAUUCUAAAAACUUGAUGUAUUAAAACAUUCCAGGAAUAUUCCUGGGUUUUAGCAAAGUUCAGCUUGCAUCCUGUUUAGGGAAACAGUUGAUAUUUUGUGAAAAUUUUACCUGAAUUAUUGUACCUUAAGCUAAGCUUGGGAAAUUAAGUGCUCUACUUAUCUACUGAUCCAAUACCUGGAGAAAAUACUGGCUACAUACACACUGCACAAUUGACAGUGGCUGUAACCUACACAAACUCAUCAGUUUUAUAAAAGGUCUAGAAACUGCAACUUGGGGCGAACUGAUCAUCCAAUCACCAUUCGACAUUAUUACGUUACUUGCACCUUUUUCUUGCAAGCAAUUGCAUGUCAAACUUGACUCGCUCGCCAUCGAUUGGAAUAGGAUUGAGUGGAUUGUUUAAUUAAAAAGAAGGAAAAUUACAUUUCGUACUUGGGUCUUGGAAGUCAGGCUCGAUCCACUACUGCUGGCUGGCUGGAGUACUUUUGGGGAAUCGAAAUAAAUGAUUUCUCGAUAAUACAUAAAUUUUUGAAGACUCAAUUUGGACAACAAACGAGUCAAGCACAGCUGAGCGGAACUGGUAAGAAAAGGAGCUGGACGAGAAGAAAGAGGUAUUUCAAUCUAGGAAUCUCCUUUAAGAAGACCAAUUUCAUACGUACAUACCCGCAACCAAAUAUCACACCAGUUGAGCUGCACACCAGUCGACAAAUACCCAUUCCACUCAAUUCUGCCCUAUAAUCUAAGUAAGCACGAGUAGAGAGAGAGAAUACGGAAAAUGCUGUAAAAUAGACUGCUACUUCAACUACGAGUUUCGCACAAGAAAUCAGCAACAUCAACCAAGCAACCAACGUUCCGCCACCCAUUCAGUCAACCAGAGUCCAAAACACGGAGACAAAUACGAAUUCCACCAAGGACAUUCCGGUCAAGCAAAUGUCUUGCUAGAACGGUGAACACUCUGAAUUACGAGUAUUUCUAAGGAAGGACUCUAGGGAUUUGGCUGUUGCAUUUCGUGGACACAGAAAUGCUCAAAUUUCUAACUGAAGAAUUUCACAAACUGAAGACACAGUCACUGAACGAAGACGACCAGCAAUUUGAAAACAAGGCACAAGUCGACCACGAGAUACAAAGUGGUGAACCCUACGGCUUUCCAGGAGAAAAUAACGAUCACGACUCUGGGACCGAAUCUGACGACGAGAGCGGCGAAACCAACUGUUUUCCAGGAGAUAAUAACGUGAUGGAACACGGAGAGGAGAACGACUGGGGAGAACGUGGCUUGUACCCUUUGCCACGACGGGGUUCACUUCACUGCAACGAGGAAGGCCCAGGUGCUGGAGAAAUGAUGAUGAUGAUCGGAGGCGGUGGUGGGGGUGGUCGAGAUUCUGCCGGAAGUCAGUUUGAUCCCGGGUACAACAACAUUGACUCAGCUCUGCCCUCCGACUCUGACCACGCGUACGACCACCACAGCUCGGAAGAGGAGUUGGAGGUGAUCAACUCGUCCAGCUAUGACGACGUUGACGAUGAGGUGAACUUGCCGGAUGGAGAUGAUUUACUGGAAGAAAAUGCAAGGAACCGGGGAUCAUCGGGGUCUGAGAACUGCAAACGUAAAUGGUCGCAAAUGGCAGCAAACAGGCUGAGCGUUGAGAGUACAAGCAGUUCGGAUGAUGAGGUUCAGGGGCUGUUGCGUCCCCUGUCGACUCCGGUUGAAUUUCGCACUUCGCCCCCGGUGGAUGCUCACAAGCCAAGUGAAUGGACACAAGGAAGUAAACUUCGCUCUCAGUCACCCCCACCCAAGCUGUUUCUAUUUUCUGGUCCAAGUCCACCCAUCGUCACGAGUACCACGGAUGAACCCGUCAUCUUGGCUGCUACAAGUACUGCAAUGCACACUGCUCCCCCGAUUUCAAGUAACGUGGUCAGUUCUUCACUAAGCUGCUCAUUGGGUGCCGUCAACAUGGCUGAACGGAGUCAUGGCGUGUUCCGAGGGAUUCGGAAAUUUAAUCCAGACAUCGUUUCCCCGUAUUCAAUUAUCUCAUCAACUAAUAAUGCUACUUCAAGUAACGGCAUUGCGAGGGAAGGCGGAGGAGCAUUUCAGGAGAGAUCGGAUGGAAUUUCAAGAUCUCAUCUCUACACAACAAUUUCUAACUCUAAUGAAACUCCUUCGUCAAAUUUUAUUAAUCUUAUGACUGCGGCUAACAUAACUAAUUCUACGUUUACGUCGUCGAGUACUGGUGCAUUUGGAAGAGUCGUCCGUUCUGGGGGCGCAAAGGAAUCUGCGAGAAAAAGGCAUCAUCGUCAUCACAAUCCGAGGCACAUUCAGCGGCCAUGGCUCGAUUUCGAAAAAAUGAUUGAUUUCGAAAAAAUGCAGCAGGUAAGCAUUGCUGACUUUGGAUUUUAUCUUCAAUGUUCAACCUCUUCCUCAUCACCCCAAAAUCUGAAAAACCUGGCUGACAAGUUCGACAACUCGCCAACCUUUUUAAUUUCAUAAGAACAGUACUCCAACCUGAACCAAGUGACAUGAUCAAAUAACUCAAAUAAAUAAAUUGGCCCUAAUUCCACCUUAAACUUGAACUCAAUCAAAUGAAAUAUAAUAAAUCAGUAUAGGAAAUGCAGGAGACAAACAAAUAGAUAGAGAGCAAAGAGCAGCAAAUUACAGCCACGUACUUCUUCGAUCAUUCCUGUAUCUAUGUAUUUACUCGUGCUAUAAAAAUGUCAUAACCUGCCUGGCAAGGAUUAUCACAUGAUUUUGAUCGACAGUCAGACUCAGACUAUUUGUAAAAACAUCAAAUCAAUAUUAAAAUAGAAAGUCGGCUUCGUUCCAGUAUAAAGUAUGUCAUGUUCGUGUCAAACGAAAAGUCGAAGUUGCAUAAUUUGUGUCAUUUCAUUGUUAAUCCCGUGUCAGAGAUUUCAUCGGCAGAUUAUUAAAAGGAGGAACAAAUCUCAGAAGAAGUAAUCGUUGGUGAAUCCGUAUUCGUUGAAGCAUAUUAAAUAUACAAACUUUUAGAUGAUAUCAAAUCCUCAACCUCUCACUCACUUAGCUGAAUAACAGGAACAUUACACUGCUACGUUAGAAGUACAGUAGUAGCAUAUACAUAUAUUUAGAUAGCAGAAUUAUAAUACACUCAUAGUUUCAGAAAUUUGUAUCCCCAGCGUCAUAGAAGCCCACACCCUACAAAUUUAAACAACUUAUUACAAUUUACCUUCUUAGAAUAGGAACAAACAAACCUUAGGAUUUUAUCAACCAAGAUAUAAUAAUAUUUUACGGUGAGACAAGUAUGUAGAUUUAACCAAAGGCUAUAGACAAGUAUUGCAAUUAAUUCAUGCUUCUGUGGACUGAGAUCCUUCUCACUCAGGCGCCGACAGGAGGUGAACCCACUCCAAACUAGGUCAUAUAUAUAAAAAUACAUCUAUAUCUACAUAUGUCUGCAUACAUAUAUAAUUAAGUAAUUGUUACACUAAUCUAAAGUAAAACUCUAACAAAGCAAAAGUUUUAGCAGAGCCGGAUACCCACUACGUACACAUACAUACAUAUAUACAACACAAAAUAACACCUUUAUCAAUUUAAAUCCAAUGUACACACAAAAUAGUUUUAAUAUUGUUGUUAAAUAUAAACAGAGCAACCAUUCAACAAAUUUGUAGUUAUUAGCAAGUAAUUUUAUGUGUGGGAAGUAUGGCCGCCGCCUCUGAGAUACAUAAAUAAGCAAGAGUUCAGUUGGAAGGUGGUGAAUCGUGGUGUAGUUUGAGGGAGAGAAAGAGAUGUCAAAUAUGAGAAUUAUUGGUUUGUGGGUGACAAAGGUGGAGAGAAUCCAGAGUUGAGAUGAGAUACGGUGUACGUAUUAGACGGAAUUUAAAUAAGAGAAGCAAGCAUGUUUUACAUAAUUCCGGUCUGCUAUACAUGUUACAAAUUACAAAUACAAAUAUCCUAAACUAAGUCUACGUGGGAGAAUCAACAAACAAUAUUAACUAAACUGUUGCAUUCAGAAAAGGAGUCAAAACAAACAAAAAAGUCAGUUGUUUAAAUGUGUAUUACAAUCUAUAAUACAUGCUACUAUUAAUUAAUAAACAUUUGUCUAGACUUCCUUUCUGUUACGUAAGUAAUUAUUAUCAAAUUUAAUUUAAUCUAUUCAAUAAAAUACAAGUUUUUCUUGAAAUAAUAA